AAAGACAGAGAGGUCAAGAGGAGGAGAAAGCACGUGGGUCGGCUUGUACCCGGAGAACUGUCCUUCUUCCUUCUGAUGUGGACUUGUUUUUGUGCUGUUGAUGUGUCUGCAUGUAGCUAGCUCACCUCGCUGACCGGACAACGCCGCUCAACACCACACACUUCUCCAUCUGACGUCCCAAAAGCAACGGAUUUCAGCUGCUCGGUCUGAAGGCUGGUAGUUUGUAGAGAUCACAUCAUGGUGAGCAAAACGGAUGAGAUGCCAGCAGCAGCAUCAGUGGCGAAGUGCGCCUCGGUGGAGCUCGCUCAGGAAGGAGAGACACCGAACAGCAAAGAGAGCAACAAGAAGACCGUGAAGGAGUGCUGUCCAUGCGCACACAGUGCAGCUACAGCAGUAAUGAAUGGUGACGGAGGACAUGACCAGACCGAGGAGACAGAGUCCAAGCAGGAUGGCAGCACUGAUCCUGACGCCGGUGACGACUCCAAUGAGCAGGAAGUGAUUGUGAUUCAGGACACUGGCUUCACUGUGAAGAUUCAGGCACCAGGCAUUGAGCCCUUUGACCUGCAGGUGUCUCCACAGGAGAUGGUGCAGGAGAUCCACCAAGUGCUUAUGGACCGUGAAGACACCUGCCAUCGCACUUGCUUUUCUCUGCAGCUCGAUGGCAACGUGCUGGACAACUUUGCCGAGUUAAAGUCCAUCGAGGGCCUACAAGAAGGAUCCUUGCUCAAAGUGGUGGAAGAGCCUUACACAGUACGCGAGGCUCGCAUUCAUGUUCGUCAUAUAAGAGACCUGUUAAAGAGUCUGGAUCCUUCUGACGCUUACAAUGGAGUAGACUGCAACUCUUUGUCCUUCCUCAGUGUCUUCACAGAUGGAGAUCUUGGAGAUAGUGGCAAACGUAAAAAGAAGGGCAGUGAGCUUGAACAGAUUGACUGUACUCCCCCUGAACACAUCCUGCCUGGCAGUAAAGAGCGCCCCCUAGUCCCCCUCCAGCCACAGAACAAAGACUGGAAGCCACUUCAGUGCCUCAAAGUCCUCACAAUGAGUGGCUGGAACCCUCCGCCAGGCAACAGGAAGAUGCACGGAGAUCUCAUGUACCUGUACGUUGUGACUGUAGAAGAGCGGCACGUCAGCAUCACUGCCUCCACACGCGGAUUCUACCUCAACCAGUCCACCACCUACAAUUUCAACCCUAAGCCUGCCAACCCCAGCUUUCUGAGCCACUCUCUGGUGGAACUGCUGAGUCAGAUCAGCCCGGCCUUUAAGAAGAACUUCACCGCCCUGCAGAAGAAACGAGUCCAAAGACAUCCAUUUGAGAGAAUAGCCACACCGUUCCAGGUGUACAACUGGACUGCUCCUCAGAUUGAUCAUGCCAUGGACUGUGUGAGGGCAGAGGAUGCCUACACCUCCCGUUUGGGAUAUGAAGAACACAUACCUGGCCAGACCAGAGACUGGAAUGAAGAGCUGCAGACAACAAGAGAGCUCUCCCGGAAGAACCUGCCAGAGCGUUUGUUGAGAGAGAGAGCCAUUUUCAAGGUUCACAGUGACUUCGCUGCAGCAGCUACGCGGGGUGCCAUGGCUGUAAUUGACGGAAAUGUGAUGGCCAUCAAUCCCGGUGAGGAGACGCGUAUGCAGAUGUUCAUCUGGAACAACAUCUUCUUCAGCCUGGGAUUUGACGUCCGUGAUCACUACAAAGAGCUGGGAGGAGAUGCCGCAGCACACGCCGCCCCCACCAACGACCUGAAUGGCGUGAGAGCGUAUGGUGCAGUUGAUGUGGAGGGGCUGUACACUCUAGGCACUGUGGUUGUGGACUACAGGGGCUACCGCGUCACCGCACAGUCCAUCAUCCCCGGCAUUCUGGAGCGCGAACAAGAGCAGAGCGUCAUCUAUGGCUCCAUUGAUUUUGGAAAGACUGUGGUGUCCCACCCCAAGUACCUGGAGCUGCUUGAGAAGACGAGCCGGCCUCUGAAGGUGCAGCGUCAUCCUGUUCUCAAUGAGAAGGACAUGGCCGUGGAGCUCUGCUCGUCUGUCGAGUGCAAGGGGAUCAUCGGCAACGACGGGCGCCACUAUAUCCUAGACCUGCUACGCACUUUUCCUCCUGACCUCAACUUCCUGUCUGUGGAAGGGGAGGAGCUAAACCCCGAGAGCCAGAAGCAGGGCUUCCCUCGACAGCAUCGUCACCGCCUGGCCUGUCUGCGCCAGGAACUCAUCGAGGCCUUCGUAGAGCACAGGUAUCUCCUUUUCAUGAAGAUGGCAGCACUCCAGCUGAUGCAGCACAAAGCAAAUAAAGACGGCAAGCCUGCAGCCAUGCCUGAGAACACAACAAGCGAAGCUGAGAUUAAGCCAGCAUCAGCUCCAGAGGCCCCCGAGAACCCCACCGAAACCUCUGUCUCGCCAGCUUCCUCUGAAUCCACGCAGACACCUGAGGCAGCUGAGAACCAGCAGGCCACAGCUACAGAAAACUCUGCAGUAACCACUAAUGGUACCGUCUCAUUGGGUGCUGAUGAACCCACAGGUCCAGAGAGCCAGAAUGGAGGCUGUGACAGUCCUCUGGAGGGUAAGGAGGCCCUUGAAACUAUACCAGGAUUAGCUCAGGCUAAAGAGCUGGCUGAAUCUUUAGCAGCAGAAGAUGGAUCUGGGAUUGACCCCAAAAGCCGAGAGGUCGUCCUGAACGCUUGCAAAGCGGUGGGCUCUAUUUGCAACACUUCCUUUGACAUUCGCUUCAACCCAGACAUCUUCUCCCCAGGAGUGCGUUUCCCAGAAGAGAGUGCUGAAGACAUCCAGAAGCAGAAGCAGCUUCUCAAAGAUGCAGCAGCCUUCCUGGUGUCUUGUCAGAUCCCAUCUUUGAUAAAAGACUGUUUAGACCACACUGCCCUGCCAAUGGAUGGAGCCACGUUGACCGAGGCCCUCCAUCAGCGUGGUAUCAACGUGCGCUACCUCGGCAAUGUGCUGGAGUUUGUGGACAAGAUGCCUGCAAAACCACAGCUUGAUCAUUUCUAUAGAAUAGGAAUCACUGAGCUGAUCACAAGAUGCACCAAACAUAUCUUUAAGACCUACCUCCAGGGUGUCGAGCUUUCAGCCCUGUCUGCUGCAGUGAGCCACUUCCUGAACUGCUUCCUGAGCUCUUUCCCAGACGCCGUGGCCCAUCUGCCUGCAGACGAGCUGGUCUCACGCAAGAAAAACAAGAAGAGACGGAACAGAGUGCCUGGAGGAGGAGACAACACGGCCUGGGCCAGCCUGACCCCCAGCGAACUAUGGAAGAACAUCUGCACCGAGGCUCGCACUUAUUACCACUUCGCUCUACAAUGUGAGAGUAUGGACCAGGCAGUAGAGAAAUAUGGCCUGCAAAAAAUCACCCUCCUGAGGGAAAUCUCCAUCAAAACUGGUAUCCAGAUCCUGAUAAAGGAGUACAACUUCGACAGCCGCCACAAGCCGGCUUUCACAGAGGAAGACAUCCUGAACAUCUUCCCAGUCGUAAAGCACGUCAACCCUAAAGCCUCCGAUGCCUUUCAUUUCUUCCAGAGCGGGCAAGCCAAAGUCCAGCAAGGUUUCCUUAAGGAAGGAUGUGAGCUGAUCAACGAGGCCUUGAACCUCUUCAACAACGUGUAUGGAGCCAUGCACGUGGAGAUUUGUGCCUGUCUGCGCCUCCUGGCUCGCCUCAAUUACAUCAUGGGAGAUCACCCUGAGGCCCUCAGUAACCAGCAGAAAGCUGUUCUGAUGAGUGAGAGAGUGCUGGGUAUUGAGCAUCCUAACACCAUUCAAGAAUAUAUGCACUUGGCUUUGUACUGCUUUGCUAAUGGCCAGCUGUCCACUGCACUGAAGCUGCUAUACCGUGCCCGCUAUCUCAUGCUGUUAGUGUGUGGAGAGGACCAUCCUGAGAUGGCUCUGCUAGAUAGCAAUAUUGGUCUGGUGCUACAUGGAGUGAUGGAGUAUGACCUCUCACUACGCUUCCUAGAAAAUGCCUUGGCCAUCAACUCCAAAUACCAUGGACCCCGAUCCCUUAAAGUUGCCCUCAGUCACCAUCUUGUGGCCCGGGUAUAUGAGAGCAAGGCUGAAUUCCGUUCAGCUCUGCAGCACGAGAAGGAGGGCUACACCAUUUACAAGAACCAGGUUGGUGAAGCUCACGAAAAGACCAAGGAGAGUUCAGAGUACCUGAAGUACCUCACCCAGCAGGCUGUGGCCCUACAGAGAACCAUGAACGAGAUCUACAAGAACGGCUCCAAUGCCAGCAUCAUGCCUCUCAAAUUCACAGCUCCAAGCAUGGCCAGUGUCCUGGAGCAGCUCAAUAUUAUCAAUGGCAUCAUCUUUAUUCCACUCAGCCAAAAGGACUUGGAGACCCUGAAGGCGGAAGUCCAGCGCCGGCAGCAACUACAAGACUCUGGGAAGAGUGAGGAGCAUCAGGAGAACGGUCAGCUGGCACUGGACGACAAACUUCCCGUUGAUGAUUAAUCCCACAAAUAUAUACCCUGUAGCAGGGAAGGCCAUGAUGCAACAGUCAUCUGCUUGAACCUGUAGAACUGAGAACUAAGCUGUGUAAUUUAAAUGAGUAUAUUUGAGCUUAAAGCGGAGGGAACAGACAGGGAAAGGUACAGCAAGCGGUACAGUGAAAAGCAGUCAUGAAAAGCAUGGAACCAGUGUUUAAUGUGGGCAGGCAGAGGGCCAGACUGAAGCUCUCUUGUUGUUACUGUUUUCCUGCCGGUUUGUCUGAAGCUGGUGACCAAGAAUGACCAUGAUGUUGUAUGCUAGAGCCUUAUCCAUGCAUCCGUCCAUCCAUCCAUCCAUCCAUCCAUCCAUCCAUUUUCACAUCUCACUCUCUUUCUAUCGUGCUGAGCCCUCACGAUCUCAUCUCCUUCUCCUCUUUAGGAGUUUAGGAGUCCAGGCCCUAAACUCAGUGCAAGCUUCAGAGAAGUGAAGCCCAACGCCACCACUUUCACUCACCACUAUCUGCAAACUCAGGUGAUUUUCUAUGCUGCCCUAGAUGAGAGCAGAAACAAAAUUCAGAAAGAUGCACAAGAAAUGAGACAGAGGCUGCAGAAUGUACACACUGUGGUCUAGCUGUCAAAGACCAGUUACAAAUAAUGGUCCUGUUAUGUCCCGUACCAUUAACAUACCAAGUGGUGGCUGCUGUGUCUUCACAACGUUACAGAUGUGUGUUCUCAUCUAAAGCUUUUCAGAUUGAUCACAGAUGUUCUGUAAAAAGCUACUCUUUUCUUUUUGUAAUAGUAAGUGUGUGGGGGAAUUAAAGCCAUUUUAUAUCCUUCAUCAAACCAUUUAAUUUAAGCUUUGUCUGUUUUAUAGAGAUAUAUUCAAAAGACAUGUAUGUCUGUGAGGUGUGACAAACUUGAUUUAUGUUGAUUGAAAUGCAGGUUCAAAAGGUCCAGCUUAAAUUUGAUCAUUUGAAUCUUUAUCUUUUCAGUUUUUUUGUGUGUGUCUGUGUUUGUUAUACUAGUGCAGAGAUCAUGGGAGGAUUCCUCUACAGCUACCACUGCUGCUGUGACAAAAUCAUUCUAAUCAUAUUUUUCUACAUAGUUAUAAACUUGGGAUGACUAGCGCAAACUUGAAUAAUGGAGGAACAUGCAGUAUUUGGCACUUUAGCAUGUUGAAAAUCACCGUUAAUAUAGUGUAUAUGACAGACUGGACUUCUUUGACACUGACAUAACAGAUUUUAUGACACUUAUCAUUCAUUUCCAGCAGUACAGGACCCUUUCCUGUAUUACUUUUCUUCCUAUUAUAUCUACCUUUCAUUACUGUAUCUUUCCCUUCACCCAUAUUUAGUGCACUUUUCCAAAACUAGCACCAGAAAUGGAUUGAGAGAGGCUGCUUUUGUGUAAUGUACCAAAAAAAAAAAAAAAAAAGAAAAACGAGGACAAACGCCGUGCUUGCCUGUAUAAAUGCUGUGCGGCUCUACCUUCCAAAUGCCAAACUUGUUGCUGUGAUAAAUGUAAAAAUUUAAAGCAAUAGAAAUGCUGGAAAUGGCCGUCUAUGUGCUGCUGUAGUCUGCACUUAGAGGGAAGACAGAUUGCUACACUGAUUGUGUGUGGUUUUUUUUUUUUUUUCUUUUUUCUCCUUAUGGAAAAAAAAGUUGUUUUUUUUUUUCUUUUUUUUUUUCUAAGAACAGGGAAGGGGUAAUUGGAUGUUUUACUGCUUACGAACAAAAACGGAGCAAAUAACCCUGUAAAUGUGUGAGAUUUGUGCCUGUUUAUGCUUUAUAAUGGAACCAGGUUGGUAUGUGUCCUGUCUUUCUAUGCCUUUCAGAGGGUUAAAAAUCUUGAUUAGGCUCACUGUGUUCCAUUUUUGUUGUUGCUUUAACCUUUGUUUGCCUACCAGUGCUUAGGAAGGAGCCACGUUGUAUGCUGGGCUUGUCUCAGGCUGCAGUACACUUGGUAGCCACUAAGGUGUGUUCUAAUCUAACAAAGGUUCUUUGCGCUCAACUUGCAAUUGACAAUAAAUGCAGUUUAUAAUGGAACACAAAGCAUCAUUACUAAUUUAAACUCUGUGAAUGCAGUUGCUUUCAAGUAGAAGUUCAUUAGGCUUGAUGAUUAAAAAUUAUCAGAGUCCCAUAGUUCUAAAUGGCUGGAAUAUUUAACACAAUUGUUGUAUAUGCCUCCAUAACAGCUGACACGUUUGUAAACAUUUUUGAGCAUCAUUGAAUGUAUGCAAAAAAUUUUAUUGUUAUCAGUUCAAUUCAGUUUUUUUUUUUUUUUUUUUUUUUUUUUUUUGCAUUUCACUGAUGAGAAUUGGUGCAAUAGAAAACAAUUUGUCAUCUACAUAUUUAGUUCUUAUUUUUUGGAUUCAUAUUUUUUAUUUAGACAAAGAGGAUGCAAUGCAGUUUACAUAGACGCUUACAGUUUUAAAUUGGAAUUGUCUGUCUUUAUAAGUUUGCUAUUCUGAGUGGUUUGUGUUCACAAAAGUGAAUGUGUGAAAAUUUGCAUAUAAAAAAAGAAAUCUAAUAUUUAAAAAACCCAACAAAAUCUGCAGAUUUUUAAUGUGCUGAACAUUAAUUGCACACUACACCUCUCGUUUUGAGAAUGUUCUACAAACCAGUCAACAUAAUACAAUCUUCACAAUCAAAGCAUUCUCAAUCCCACCAUUCCUGAUGUAGCUUUCAGAUAUUUGCUUGUAUGUCUAUGAUCUGAUAUUAUCUCUAAACUCAACUAUAACUCUAGAAAAUCAGCUGUCAUCAAAAAACCCACCAGUGCUGCUUUAAGACACAGUGUGUUAAGUUCACCUCACCGUCACCUGCUGUCUAACUCACACUCACAUCCGAACCUCUCUGUUUUCCUCUUGUUUUGGAUCCCUAAACCUGCAGAAUCUGUCCAGACCAUUGUGUCUGUCUUUCUUUUUCUUUCUUUUUAUUUUUGAUGUGAAACCUGUCUGUUGUGCUUCAUAAAUAAUUAUCUAAUUAUUUUUGAUCUGAGUAUGCUUUUGUAUUAAAAAGAAAUAAAGGAACUAGCAAAUA